GCAGGGCUCUCGUGUGCGCAGCUGAAGCUAGGUUUCCGCGGUGAAGUAGACGAGUAGAGAGCGACGAACAAACGGAACGGAGAUAUGAACCGUUUUCUCGUCCAGUUCUCACUUUAAUCUUGACAAAUGUGAGCUAAACGACUUGACAUUUUCAUCUACGUUUUUGGACGUCACGUGUCGCCUAUUUUGGAGUGCUUUGUUGUUUUCAGAGUUUAAGAAAGGUCGAACGCGCCGCGCAACAACUGCAGGUAGUGUUGGAUUAUUCCCGUGYCGGAAUAUUUUGGUGGACAGUCACAGUCCGACACAUUGCGCACGGGAUAUUCAAAACAUUUAGAAGUUGCGAUUGGUGUCUCAUAUCUCCGUGACUUUUAGGUAUGCCUGUUGUUGUCAGCGUGUCUCCGGACAGGUAACCGGGUGUGUUGCUGGUGCCAUGGCAACUCCAGAGCUGCGUCUGUUGCCUGUCAUCGUGGUUACCAUCGUCCUGGUGGCGUUGUCGGCUGCGGAUGACCAUGAGUGGCACUUUAAACCAGCUCAGUGUCGUUAUGCCUGGGGAUGGAGGAUGGCACCAUCCCUGACUCUGACAUCACGGCUUCCAGUGCCUGGUCAGACUCUACUGAGGCCAAAACACGGCAGGUUGAGUACAGGAGAGGGAGACGGUGCGUGGUGUCCUGCAGGAGCAGUGUUCCCCAGUGCUUCAGAGUACCUCCAGGUGGACCUGCGCUCGCUGCACUUCCUGGCUCUGGUGGGUACCCAGGGUCGCCAUGCCGACGACGGCCAGGAGUUUGCCCGCAGCUACCGGCUCCGUUUCCGAGACGGACGCACCUGGAUCACCUGGAAGGACCGCUGGGGGCAGGAGGUGGUGUCUGGGAAUGAGAACACCUAUGAUGUGGUUCUGAAGGACCUGGGUCCACCCAUUGUUGCCCGUUAUGUCCGCUUCUACCCCCUGGCAGACCGGGUCAUGAGCGUCUGUCUGCGAGUGGAGCUCUAUGGCUGUCUGUGGAACGAUGGCCUGUUGGUGUACACAGCUCCAGUGGGUCAUGUGAUGCACCUGUCUGGCUCACCUGUGUACCUCAACGAUUCCACCUACGAUGGCAGCGUAGAGUCAGGGGUUCAGUUUGGAGGCCUGGGCCAGCUGUUUGACGGUGUGUUAGGAGGGGAUGACUUCACAGAGACCAAGGAGCUGAGGGUGUGGCCGGGGUAUGACUACCUGGGCUGGAGCAGAGAGGCUCUGGGGCAGGGCAGCGUUGACAUCGAGUUCCACUUCGAAAAGACACGCAGCUUCCACACCAUGCAGGUCCACAGUAACAACCGUCACACCCAGGGUGUGAGGGUGUUCAGUAAGGUAGAGUGUCAGUUUAAACCUGGCCUCUUACUCCCCUGGUCCUCGCCCCCCCUCUCCCUGGCUGUACCCCUGGAGGACCUGAAGGACCCCUCCUCACGCCCCAUCUCCCUGCCCCUGGGGGGUCGCCCCGCCCAGAUCUUACGCUGCCAGUUUUCCUUCGCAGACCGAUGGAUGCUCAUCUCUGAGAUCUCCUUCUACUCCGAGCCGUAUGGGGAGGGUGUCGACCCCAUGGACACGGGCUCUGCUCUUCCUGCUCCUCCGGUCUCCUUCGCUACUCCUCCUCCUCGUCCUGUCUUCCCCUCCUCCGUCAGCCCCGCCCUCAACCAUAACUCCUCCAACUUCACUAGCGUUCCCUCAGACUUCGAUGCUGUGACCCCAGGGGCGGGCCUUCCUGUCGCCAAGGACGACACCAGCAACACAGCCAUCCUGAUUGGCUGCCUGGUGGGCAUCAUCCUGCUUCUAUUGACUGUGAUCGCUGUCAUUCUGUGGAGGCAAUACUGGAAGAAGAUACUGGGCAAGGCCCAGGGCAGUCUGUCCAGUGACGAGUUGCGUGUCCAUCUGUCCGUCCCCUCGGACAACGUGGUGAUCAACAACACACACAGCUACUCCAGCCGCUACCAGCGUAUACACACAUUCCCUGACGACAGGGAGCGCUGCGACGGAGAGGGAGAGUACCAGGAGCCCAGCGCACUGCUCCGACCACUAGACCACACCGGACGAGACAGCACUGGACGAGACAGCACCGAAUACCUUGGCUGUGAUUUUGUCUUGGUCAGUGGCAACAACACGUAUGCAGUGCCAGCCCUGACCUCCCCCAGCCCCACUGCAGCAGACUGCACCCCCCUGCCAGAACUGCCCCGACACUGUCUGGUCUUCAAGGAGAAACUGGGAGAAGGACAGUUUGGAGAGGUGCACCUGUGUGAGAUAGAGAGCCCUCAGGACCUGCCUAACCUGGAGUUCCCUUUCAACGUGAGGAAAGGACGCCCUCUGCUGGUGGCUGUUAAGAUACUGCGCCCUGACGCCUCCAAGAACGCCAGGAAUGACUUCCUAAAGGAGGGGAAGAUUCUGUCUCGUCUGAAGGACCCCAACAUCAUCCGUCUGUUGGGAGUGUGUGUGAGCAGUGACCCUCUCUGUAUGGUCACAGAGUACAUGGAGAGUGGAGACCUCAACCAGUACCUCUCACACAGAGUCCUGCUGGACAAGACCGGACCCACACACAACACCCCCACCAUCAGUUACCCUGCUCUGAUCGCCAUGGCCAGUCAGAUAGCUUCAGGGAUGAAGUUUCUGUCGUCUCUGAACUUCGUGCACCGUGACCUGGCCACAAGAAACUGCCUGGUGGGGGGUGAGAAGGGCGAGAGCGGGGGCGACCGGGGCGGGGAGCGACCCAUCAAGAUCGCCGACUUUGGGAUGAGCAGAAACCUGUACGCUGGAGACUACUACCGCAUCCAGGGGCGGGCCGUGCUGCCMAUACGAUGGAUGGCCUGGGAGUGUAUACUGAUGGGGAAGUUCACCACWGCCAGUGACGUGUGGGCGUUUGGUGUGACUCUGUGGGAGAUGCUGAGUGUGUGUCAGGAGCAACCCUACUCCAACCUGACUGAUGAACAGGUCAUAGACAACGCCGGAGAGUUCUUCAGGGACCACGGAAGACAGGUGUAUCUGAGCAGACCAAGAUGUGUGUCCCUCAGGGGUCUCUAUGACCUCAUGCUGAGCUGCUGGAACCGGGACUGCAAGCUCCGCCCCUCAUUUGCCCACAUUCACUCCUUCCUCACAGAGGAUGCAUGAACAUGGUAUGAGAGAGAGGGGAUGAGAGACGGCUCCUCCAACCUUCAUUCCGCCAUUCAUCAUAGAGAUGAGUGCUUUGAGCGAGGGAUGUGUGUAGAAGUGGUGGAGGUGUAGAGGGAGAGGUGUGCAGUAGAGGACGGGUGCCUGCUUGUAUAUUUUGUAUUUCUCUAUGAUGGGCGAUGGGGCUGAGACACCGCUGGUUCGGUUUUCACUCCCACGAGACAGACCCCAACCCAAACCCCUUUACCCCCUCUGAGUAGUCUCUAGAGUGUCUCGAUAAGAAUGUAACACAACACAAUGGUUGGUGCGGUGGUGGGUUGGUGUCUGAUUCUGCAUAGUAGCUUACAGGACCACCAAUGGUCCGUCAAUGGUCUGCUAGCUAACACAGGGAAGCUGUAAGACAUGUAUGGGGAGGUGAUGUGAAACAUGCUUGGUAAUGUAGAUGAAGCUAAAAUGAAUUUGUAACGCUGAUUUAACGUUUCUCAAAGAAUAUCAACAAUACCAAUCUGAUUAUUUAUCAAUGUCAGACUUUAAUACUCUGAAAUGUGAUCAUAGUUUAAUAGCAUAUUAAAUUUUGGGAUAAACU